GGGUUGUCACGCCAUGUCAUCGUUUGUUUCAGAGUUUUGCAGAUAAGUUUUUUUUUGGCCACCUUUUUUGUGUCUACAAAGAAAACCAUGAAAUUGCUGGACGCCGAGUGCUGAUGCGAUCGAAACCAGAACCGCGGGCAAGCGGAGCACAUAGUGACCCCCACAUCCAGAUCACAGGAAUCACCGAGGAUCGCAAAGGACAGGGAAAAUGCAUGCCGCAUCCAUGACGACGGUGGAGGGUCUGCUGCAGGAGUUCUACCAGCCCAGCACCUCGAACGCCCGGAAGCGAGAGAUCGAGACGAACCUGCUGGCCUUCAAGUCGCAACCAGAGGCGUGGCAACUUUGCCUCCGGGUGGCCACCGCAUCGGACAUUACCGCGAAUCAGUUUCUCUGGUUCUUCAGCACGUCCACGUUGGAGCACACGAUCACGCGGCGAUGGACGCAAUUGACCACAACGGACAAGACGUUGCUGCGGGAAGCGCUGUGGAACUCGUAUGCCCAACUGGGAAGCACGCCGAAUGCAGCCAAACGACACAGGGACACGUUGGCCCAACUAAUAGCGCUGCUGGGCAAGCGGGAGUUCCCCGAGCAGGACCCCAAUUACAUGCAGCACUGCAUGGAGCUAACGAAAACCAGAUUCCAACUGGGCAUCAACCUGCUGAGGAUAACUUCCGAGGAAGUCGUGAGCAACCGGGGCGAUCUGACCACCGAAUGGAAGCAGUACUUCUACUCCUGCAUCUCCAUGUGUAUACCCGAUGUCCUGGACCUGGUCACCAAGUAUCUACUAAUCGCUGUGUGCCACAUCAAUGGCAAAGACAUCCAAACGACCAUACCAAACACCCUCAUGGACUUUAGUCUAACCUCAGCGCUGCCAAAUGACAAUCAAUUAAGUUCCUCCAUUUUGGAGCUGCUCGGCUGUGUGCAGCACUUGGUCUCCUGGAUACGCACUGAACUGAUCUCGGAGUACUUCCUCAUGAGCAUACUCGACCUCUCACAGUGGCGACCCACCCACGAACCCAUUUCCCUGGCGGCCCUCUCAGUGCUGAACGAGCUCCUCUACCUGCAGAAGCCACUGCCCUUCGCGGGCACCCUAAUGGGUGGCGUUAGCAGUCUGCUGGAGCAGCACAACAGCAAUCGGCGGCAGAGCGAGAUGUACAGCGACAAGUUCCGGGAGCUGCUGCGCCUCUACACCACCAAGUACUCCGGCAAACUGAUGCAGGAGCCGGAGUUGCUGGAAACCUUCCUCAAUCUGCUCUACGGCUGCACCACAGAAUUACACGGCGCUUUGGACUUCACUGAAAAGCUGGAGAUUUGGACGCCCAUCAUCAAGGGUAUUGCCCAACAGCCCGCCAAAAUCACGCGCUUUAACAACGUGCUCACCCAGCUGGUGGAUGAGAUCAUGCGGCGCACUCAAUUCGAGGCCAACAAACCCGAACUGGAGGUGCUGGACAACGAGCUCAUGGAGGACGAUGCCUCCGCCACCGAAUGGCAGCAGUUCCUGGACCAAUGCUUCGAGACCCUGGCAUUGUUGGCCAACACCCGGGGCGUCCACAUCGUCUUCGCACAAGUCUACAACCACUGGUCAAGGCCGCAGAUGUAUUUGCUCUCGCUGGAGCACGCCUUGGAUCACGGAAGUGCGCGCAGCUACGAGGCGGCACGAAAGCUGAAGGGCGCCAAUGUGGGCGAGAUCCUGCGCGACUUUGCCACCGUUUGCCAGGCGGUGGUGCGUCUCGCCCCGCUAAUGGACACCUCGACUGCGGCGCCGGGGGUUGCGGAUGAGAUGGAGUGCCAGCUGCAGAUGCUGUCCGACAGUUUGCUGCAGACGCUGCAGCUCCUCGCCAGCAAUCGUUUGUGCAGCAGCGGCAGCGAAAUGGACAAGGCCACCUUUCAGACUGAUUUGGAUAACCUAUACGCUCAAGUUCUGCUGGCCAUCCGCAGCAUCUUUCCGCUCACGAAAGCCAUGAGCGGCGAGGAGCUGCUGCACCGCCUGUUUGCCAUUCUGGGUAGCAUCUUCGCCUGCAACGGCUCCCUGUCGGCAGCCUCGCCCAUCGUCCAGCAGGCGGCCAGCGAGCUGCUGCUCUUCAUCUCGACUGUGAUACGGCCCAAGUGCCUGCUAGAUAUACCGCAGAUUCAGAGCCUUCUGCAGGCCGGCUCCCGCUUGGGCGCCCAAUUGCCACGUCAAGUGUGCAUCAAUGUGCACAUCAGUCUGGUCAGCUACAUGGUGCUGCCGUGGAAGGGUGUCCCGGAGCAGCAGCAGGACUACCCGCGGCGCCUCUGGAUGCUACGCGAAUAUGUCCAGGGGCUGGCGCAGAACUUCCUCGAUCUGGACUUGGGCCAGGCCAACGAGAGCAAGGUGGCGGCCACCACGCUCAGUCUGCUGGGAACAUUUACGGCCCUCAUCGAGUACUUCAAGGCCACGGGCGGUAAUUCCAAGGAUAUGCUGGCGAGCACUUUCAAGCCAAUCUUGACCAAGGCCCUGAUGAUCUUUAACAGUUUUGGUCUGAGCAGCAUUGCCAUGGCCAUCACGGUGGCCGAAUUCAGUCUAAGCAUGCUCCGCACAUUGCCCACCCACUUGGGAGCCCAGUUCAUCAAGGAGAUGAUCACCUUGUUCAUCAAUGUCAGCAGCAGGGAACAACUGACUCUAAGUCGACUUGCGGUGAUGGAGAAGAUACUGCAGAUGUUUAAGCUGAUUGUGGAGCAGCCGGGCAGCGCGUCUCUGGGUCUGCUGCCCUCCAUUCUUGACUUUAGCACACAGCAGAUUUUGCCGCUGUUGCAGCAACAGAAUACGGUGACUGACAACAGCGAGAUCACCAGCCUGCUGUACGCCUUGUUCGAUAGCGUGCUCACCUGCAAGUGGCAGUUCUUCUACAAAAAUCAGCUAUCCAAUGGUCACAGUGGCGGGGGCUCCGGUAACUUCAACUGCAGCGAUAACCUGCACCCGGCCCACUUCAUGGCCAUUCUGAAUGCCUAUGGACAGAUGCUGGUCAGCGGCACGGAUCCCAGCAAUGUGCGCAGCGUUCUCUUCUCGAUGCAGAAUGUGAAUGAGCGAAGUCGUCUGUACCAGCGCGCCUUGUUCAAGGAGCAGCUGUUGGCCUCCUUUCAGCGGGCUUUGCUCAAUCUGCUGCUGAGUGGCGAGGGCUCCCUGCACUUUGAUAUGAUUGCCCAGGCCCUGUAUGCGAUGGGCCAGGUGGACCGGCGCCAGUUGCUCGAGAGUUUCGCCCACGCAUCGCUGCCGGUGGCGCAUUCGGCGCUGGAGGAGAUCUGCCAGACAAGUGACAUUCCAACGUUUACGCAGAAACUCACGCAGCUUAUGCAGGACGCCCAUUGUGUGCAUCUUAAUGAGACGGCGUAGGCCAUUUCCGGGAACACGGAACUUCCACUGCCCCUCAUCCUCGCCCCCAUUUACCGCGCCCCCUUUUUUUUUAAAAAUCGCAUCCUGUAAAGGGCUUACAUGUAAAUACUUUGUUUUAUGUUUUGUAACUUUUGUUUUUUUACUUUUCUGUCACUUCUUGUAUGCCAUAUAUGUUUUGUGACUGUUGUGUCAUCUUGCUCAGAUUCUUUGUCCUGUAAACCCAUGUCCUGAUCCCCUACGUUUGUGACCCAGUCCCCGCCAGAUUGCGUUUUGUUCUUUCUUUGUGCGAGGUUGUGUUUCUGAUUAGAUCGAACAGCAUUCAUCCCGAUUGAUAAAAGACAUUAAUUGUUAAUUGAGAACACAAAAUUAUUAUGUUUAAAUGCAUUCUUAACUUUAAUUUUAUGUUUACCGCGUAACACACAUACGAUUAAUCUGCUUUCAGUGCUGUCACCGCAAAUGGAUAAAAGUCAUACCUAUAUAUUCUAGUAGCAUAUAUACAUAUACCUAAAUUAAUUAGCAUACAUCAAUAUGUAAAUCACGUUACGUCAUAAGAAAGUUAAAAGUAUCAAGUAAAGAAACAACGGGAAGGAGACGAAAACCCAGACACAUUCAUGUAAUUUAUUCUGCAAAAAAAAAAAAAAAAAAAAAAAAACAAGAAAAACACAGAAAUCCAAGUCGUUUAAGCUGGGUUUUGAUGAUUUGAAUUAUAAAUGCUUAAGUCCCUUCAAUCAAAAAUUCAAUAAAACUAUUUUUACUAUUUUA